AUGGAUGUGUGUGAAGACAGCUCUGCAGCUAACAACAAUGCUGUACUGAGUGCCAAUGGUGAGGACAAGGCUGACAUUUUUGAUGGGGGUGACUUGCUCGCCAGUGGAAGUACAAACUCGGACACUGGUAAUAAUCUGUAUAAAAACAAAAUGAGGGAUAACAAGAAUGCAGUUGGAGGUCAUCUUUCUCUCAGUAGCAACAGUGUGUUAACUGGUAACAAUACAAGUAUUAACAAUAUGCUUAGCAGCAGCACUGUCAUAGGCAAUUUUACAGCCAAUAGCGUGUUUGGAAACGGUGGUAACAAUGGUAUGUGUGCUGGAAAUCUCGCAAAUGAUACUAAUAGAUUUACACCUCAUGACUUACACAGUAACAAUUCUGCGUUUAAUAUCAGCAAUGCAGUGAAUUGUGGUACCAGACGGACCAUUAUUAAUCUUAGUGGCAGCAAUGGUCAAUCGAGGGAUGGCAUGGCGACGGAUACUACUCUGUUACAAGCUGUUAUCAAUAUCAGUGAGACCAUCAGCACAGGACAAAACGUCCCUGUAAAUGGUGACAAUAUGAGCAAUAAUGAUGUUCAGAUGCUCGAUAAGGUAACGUCUGGAAAUGAACUUCAUGAGGAUGCUUUAAUGGAUACUCAAGAUAUUGCACACAACAACAGUCUACGCAACAAUGAAUGUGAAAGUGCAUUGUUGUGUGAUAGCGGAAUAAAUGGCAUGCACAUCAUCUCUGGAGGCGUGGGUUUACCAGUCAGCAACAAACCUAUGCAGGAAAUACCUGAUAGCACACAUAGUGGAGGCGGCGGAUCGGACGUUGGAGAGGACGGCGCUCCAGCAUCCCCGGCCUCGGGCGACAGUGAAGACCGCGCGAGUGACAAUACCAACAAUGGCGACAACAAUGGAGGUGGUUUGCGUGACGUCAUCAAGCUGUUCGUGGGCCAGAUCCCGCGCUACCUGGACGAAACGCACCUGCGACCCAUGUUCGAACAGUUCGGGGAGAUUUACGAGUUUGCCGUGCUGAGGGACAAAUUCACCGGUAUGCACAAAGAGGACGAGAACAGUUCCAUUCUUGAAGUUCGUUGUUCAAACAUUGUUGUCAGCAACGUGUACAAGUAG